AUGGCAGGAACUCAGGUGGGACUGCCGGGACCUUUCCUGGAGCCUCCGGUUGGGCCUUGCCCUGUCUCCGACUCUGACUCUGACUCAGAGGAUGCAGCUGUGGGUGGCACAGGACCCAGUGCUGCGACACAGAACUACUCCCAGGUCAUCCACAGUGGCCACUUCAUGGUGUCGUGCCCGCACAGCGACUCACUGCCCCGGCGACGGCACCACCGUGCUGAGCCCGAGCUGGCUGAUCCCCGGAGUAUUGACCCGACCCUCACCCGGCUCUUUGAGUGCAUGAGCCUGGAGUACAGUGGGAAGCUAGUAUCUCCGAAGUGGAAGAAUUUCAAGGGACUGCGUCUGCUUUGCUGGGAUAAAAUUCGACUCAACAAUGUGAUCUGGAGAGCAUGGUACAUCCAAUAUGUGGAACGGAGGAAAAACCCUGUGUGCGGCUUCAUCACCCCUCUGGAGGGCAUGGAGGCUGAUGAGCACCGAAAACCAGAGGCUGUUGUGCUGGAGGGCAACUACUGGAAACGCCGCAUUGAGGUGGUGAUGAGGGAGUACCACAAAUGGAGGAUCUACUAUAAGAAGCGGCUCCGAAAAUCCACACGGGAGGGAGGGAUCUCCAGUCCAAAGAGGGACGAGGAUGUCUGGAGGCCUACAGAGAAAUGGUGCAACCAGCUCUUCUGCAACGUAGUGCCCAUGCUGCUUGGGGAUGAGGAGGAAGAGCAUACGAGUAGGCAGCAUUUCGAUUUGGACACCUUCCUCUCGGACAUAUCUGACACCCUCUUCACCAUGACACAGAUGCCCAGCACCCACCAGGCACUCCCUGAAGAUGCGUAUGUUGGGAAUGCUGACAUGAUACAGCCGGAUUUGGCACCCCUGCAGCCCAGCCUGGAUGACAUGGACAUAUCAGGUCCACUUAUGCCGGUCACUGUGUCUCUACUUGGCUCUGCAGAAAUCUUCACCAGCCACCUGCCACCCCCAUCUCAGACACAACCGGGCUACCAGGAUCCAUCCUGCUUCUCGCCCAUGGCUGAGCCCCUGUUCAGCAGUGGAGGGUCCCUGAUGGGUGCUCGGGGUCUUCCUGUGAGCCCCGAGGCCCCGCUCCUACCUGGUACCCUCCUCCAGCCCAGUGGUGCCUCCCAGCGCAGCCUCCACAGUGCCUUCCUGGGCUCUGAGCUGCCCCUCGCCCCCCUGCCCCCCGAACCCCCCGACGUGGCACCCAGCAGCCUCAGCCCCCAGCUCCGACACAAGCCCACACUGCAGUACGACUUUCCUGGCAAGUGCCUCAGCCUGGAGCCACCAGCACCCCCCUAUGUCCCCCCCAUCCCAUCCUCCCGGGCACCACUGCUGAGCCUGGAAUGCCCCUUCUCCCCCACCUCGGCCUCCCGCUCUAAGUUCCCCUACAGCAGUUCACCUGACCCCUCGCUUGCCACUCACCCUGCCUCCCCUCUCUCGAGCCCUUGCUUUGCUCCCUACGUCCCAGGACUGGGCCAUGCCACAGGCACGGGGCCCCAGGUGUACUCCAGCCCUGCUGUCUCCCAGCUCCUGCCCCCUGCCCUGCUGGGCAACCCCAGGUUUACUCCCGCCAAGGGGCCACCCCAGGGUGAGGGUGGGCGGCCCAAAGUGAAGUCCAGUGGCACCAAGGCAAGGAGGCUGCCAGGACACCCCCUGUCCCACCUGCCUGAGCCCAACCCCUGCCCGAGCCAGCUCCUGACCACAGCCAAGCAGGACCUGGCGCUGGAUAUCCCUUGCCCAAUAGGUGCAGGACUCAUGCCCAUGACCCCUGUCUCUGAGCAGCAGAGCACUGUCUCCAAAGUCCCUGCCACCUUCCUCUCCAGAAUGUCCCAGAUGAGCCCAGGACUGGCUCCUGGCUCCAGCCCUUCUCAAGUGUUGCUGCACACAGUAGGCACACAGCUGGGCCCCCUGCAAGUCACCAAGGCAGAGCAGCUGUCCCCCACCUCAGCUUGUGGCAGUGACUGGCCCAAGCCCAGCCAGGCUUCCCCAGGACCCACUGCAAGGCAGGGCACUAGCAUCUCCCUGCACCAGCCCAUGUCCCGUCCGGGAAGGUCUGAGUCCACCAAGCUGGAGAGCCGCCGCAUCACACACAUCUCCGCUGAGCAGAAGAGACGCUUCAACAUCAAGCUUGGCUUCACCACACUGCACAGCUUGGUGAGCACACUGAGUGCUCAGCCCAGCAUCAAGGUCAGCAAGGCCACCACCCUGCAGAAGACAGCCGAGUAUAUCUGCAAGCUGCAGCAGGAGCGGGCAGCUCUGCAGGAUGAGGCACAGCGUCUGCGGGAGCAGAUCGAGGAGCUCAAUGGCUCCAUCAACCUGUGCCAGGAGCAGCUGCCGGCCACAGGGGUGCCCAUCACACGGCAGCGCUUUGACCACAUGCGCAGAAUGUUUGACGAGUAUGUUCGCUCCUCCACAUUGCAGAACUGGAAGUUCUGGAUUUUCAGUAUCAUCAUCCGGCCCCUCUUCGAGUCUUUCAAUGGCAUGGUGUCCACAGCCAGCAUGGAGAGCCUCACCCAAACAUCACUCGCUUGGCUGGACCAGCACUGCUCCCUCCCAGCGCUUCGGCCAACCGUCUUGAGCUCCCUGCGGCAGCUGAGCAUCUCCACCUCCAUCCUCAGCGACCCGGCCCGUAUCCCCGAGCAGGCGGCGCAGGCAGUGGCGGCGCUGGGACGGCCUGGCGGCGCUGGGACGCCCUCCAUCUGA